AAGAAAAUCAAUCACUGUAAAGGAAUCCUCAAAAUGUCUAACACCGAUCACCACACCGCAUCUACUAUCGACGGCAACACUUUCGUUGCCAUGUGCCUUGCACGUGCCGGCGUAGACCGUAUGUUCGGUGUGGUCGGUAUACCCGUUACUUCCUUAGCGAACCGGGCGGUCGGGUUAGGAAUCCGGUUCAUUGCUUUCCACAAUGAGCAAUCCGCCGGUUACGCUGCUUCAGCCUACGGUUAUCUUACGGGUCGACCCGGAAUUCUACUCACCGUUUCCGGGCCGGGUUGCGUUCAUGGGCUCGCCGGACUUUCCAAUGCAACCGUUAAUACUUGGCCCAUGGUCAUGAUUUCCGGGUCAUGUGAUCAGAAAGAUUCGGGUCGGGGCGAUUUUCAAGAAUUAGAUCAAAUUGAAGCUGUUAAACCCUUUUCUAAAUACUCAGCUAAAGCUACUGAUAUAAUGAAAGUACCUAGCUGUGUUUUCAGUGUUUUGGAUUGGGCCGGGUCGGGUAGGCCUGGUGGUUGUUAUUUGGAUCUUCCUACUGAUGUGCUUCAUCAAACUAUUAGUGAAACUGAAGCAGAGAAAUUGAUUAAUGAAGCUGAGAAUUGUAGGAUUAAGGAGGUUGAUGUUAAAUCUGUUGUUAAGCAUUCGGAAAUCGAAAAGGCGGCUGGUAUGUUAAGGCAAGCAGAGAGGCCUUUGAUUGUGUUUGGAAAAGGGGCAGCAAUUUCUAGAGCUGAAAAUGCUUUGAAGAAUUUAGUUGAAAGUACUGGAAUACCCUUUUUGCCAACACCAAUGGGAAAGGGGUUAUUGCCUGAUAAUCAUGAGCUAGCUGCUACCGCCGCCAGAUCACUGGCAAUUGGAAAAUGUGAUGUGGCAUUGGUCGUCGGGGCGAGGCUUAAUUGGCUUUUGCAUUUUGGAGAGCCACCAAAGUGGUCUAAGGAUGUGAAGUUUAUCUUAGUUGAUGUUGAUAAGGAGGAGAUUGAGUUAAGGAAACCAUGUGCAGGGUUAGUUGGUGAUGCUACUAAGGUUGUUGAGAUGUUACAUAAGGAGAUUAAGGAUGACCCUUUUUGUUUAGGGAAGUCCCAUCCUUGGGUUGAGGCAUUAACCAAGAAGAGUAAGGAAAAUGUUUUGAAAAUGGAGGCGCAGCUGGCAAAAGAUGUUGUACCAUUUAAUUUUAUGACACCAAUGAGAAUUAUUAGGGAUGCAAUAUUGGAAUUGGGAAGUCCUGCUCCGGUUGUUGUCUCUGAAGGUGCGAAUACUAUGGAUGUGGGGCGAUCCGUAUUAGUUCAGAUGGAGCCAAGGACUCGGUUGGAUGCGGGGACUUGGGGGACAAUGGGAGUUGGUUUGGGGUACUGCAUUGCAGCUGCUGUUGCUUGUCCUGAAAGGCUUGUAGUAGCUGUUGAAGGGGACUCGGGAUUUGGCUUCAGUGCCAUGGAAGUUGAGACCCUAGUUCGCUAUCAGCUCCCUGUUGUGGUUAUAGUCUUUAACAAUGGCGGAGUUUACGGUGGUGAUAGGAGGAACUCUGAAGAAAUCACCGGGCCUUACAAAGAAGAUCCAGCACCCACCUCUUUUGUUCCUGGUGCAUCAUAUCAUCUUCUAAUUGAAGCCUUUGGAGGAAAAGGAUACCUUGUUGGGACACCAGAUGAACUCAGAUCUGCACUUACUGAAUCUUUUUCUGCUAGGAAGCCUGCUGUUAUCAACGUAACAAUUGAUCCUUAUGCUGGUGCUGAAAGUGGGAGGAUGCAGCACAAAAACUGAGGUUGGAGGUCUCUGAUUAUUUAUGUAUGUAUAUGAUUGCUGAAGUUCAGUUCAUGUCUAUUGCUGUUGUG